AUGUCUUCAACAACAACGAAAUCAGAUUAUAUUCAACCGUCUUCAAUACUUCUAUCCGAAUCUAAACAAAGUCCAUUAGAACUUCUUGCUCAAACAUGUUCGAGUAUUGGAAAAGAUUCUCCAUCGAUAUUCACAUCUCAACUAAUAAAAUCUUCUUCAACAAAACGUCUCUCACCUGUAUCACCAAAAAGACCUUCGAAAGCAUCUCACACUCAACAAAUCGAUUCAACUCCAUCUUUAACAAAUUUAUUUCCACAAUCAUCAUUUCCUUAUCUCGCAUCUCAAUAUUCAUAUCCAUCCUUUUGCACAGUACCUGGAUGUUUUCAAUGUCACACAUCUCAAUACCUAUGUACCAAUCCGCUUAAUAAUCUUCAAUUGUACGUCUGUCAUUAUUUGAAAUGUGGCGCAAGAUUUUUAUCGGAAUAUGAAUUAUAUAAUCAUAUUCGAUCAGAUCAUAAACCAACAAAAACGUCUAGUCAUUCCCGUUUUCAACCGUAUUUGAAACCUUCUAAAUUGAUCAAUACUAAUGAUCAAUUACCCUAUUUUUAUCCGUACUUAUCUUUGUCACCAACAGACUCGAUAACGAAGAAGAAAAAUUAA